UUGAUAUGUGCUUUCAGAAUCCAUGUAUCCACCAGCCAGGGUAAGUUUCGGAUGAUGUGGAGUGUUGUGAUGCUGCUGGCCACGGCCCUCGGUGUCGAUUCCUAUGCUGUCCAUGACCUCCAUGAGCGUUUAGCCCAUGGCCAGCAGCUGAAGAUCUAUCUGCCCAAGAGUGCAGAGAAGCUGGAGUUCAUCUCAGCUGAGGAUCCCCGCAAGAUCUUUAUGUACUGGGAGCAUUCCAGACUCAGGACCAACAAAGGCAGGGUGUCUGGCACGGGCAGCGACCGACGCUGGUACAUCGACAAGGUGACCUAUGAGGACGAGGGGACAUACAUCCAGAGAGACUUCUGGAAUAAAGAUAUUGCUUCUGUCAAAGUGGCCGUCACACCCAGACACAACAACGUGAAGCGUGUGGCAGGAGAGAGCCUCCUCAUCUCCCUGGAGGGCAUCGACCUGGCUGACGCUGGCCUCUCCUUCUCUGGGGAGGCUGCCAACGUUACACUGGUGCGAGAUGGUGCUCCAGUCUCCCAGGACCUUCCAAAUUAUUGGGACCGUGUUCAGACCCACUCCAUUAACAUCGAGAUCAGGAACGUGAACUACAGUGAUGAAGGACACUAUACCCUGAGAGACCGCAGGGACCGCAUGGUGUCAAUCACCAGAAUGGACCUGACAGGUUUUUAUUAGAGAUACACUUCUAUUUAUGAUCCCGUCUGUUUGAUGAGUAUAUUUGGUCAUACUUUAGUAUGAAGUCUCCUUGUUUUCUGAUGAUCUUCAGUUCGCCCUGUUACAUGUACUUACUGUUCUGAUAAAAGCUCAACACUAGUUAGUGUGAAUGCCACAGCAUUCCACUAUAGUACUUCAAAUCUUUUUUCUUCCCCUUCAUCUUCUUAUUUCAGCCAAUACUUUGGCUCUCCAUAACUUCAUCUUACUUUCAGCUACAGAAACCAUUCAAAUAUUAAACUA